UAUCUCCUCACCCGCUUUAAUUUCUCACCACAUAUUUGCCCUCACGUCGACAGGUCAAGAUCAUCCUUGCCCAACACAAAGAUGGAGCACUUGCCCAAAUGCGCUGCGAAUUUCACCCCUCUGUCGCCGCUCAGCUUUUUAGACAGAGCAGCACAAGUAUACGCAGACCGAGCCUCGAUAAUCUACGGAGACCUUCGUUUCACCUGGUCCCAAACGAAGGAUCGGUGUCUCCGUGUGGCGUCCUCUCUCUCCCAGUACGUUGGGAGAGGAGACGUGGUAUCUGUGGUAGCCCCCAAUGUCCCAGCGCUCUACGAGAUGCACUUCGCGGUGCCCAUGGCCGGAGCAGUUCUCAACACCAUCAACACCCGCCUCGACCCCCGCAACGUCGCCCUCAUUCUCUCCCAUUCCCAAGCCAAGCUCUUGUUCGUCGACUACCAAUUCCUCCCUCUGGCCGAACAGGCCCUGAGCAUGCUCAACCGGGAAACGAAGCCCGAAUUGGUCCUCAUUCACGACGACCCGUCCCACACCUCCGGCGACAUGAUGACGUACGACGAUCUGGUGCGACGGGGAGACCCGCAGUUCGAGGGAUUAGGACCACUUGACGAGUGGGACUCCAUUGCGCUGAAUUAUACCUCGGGAACAACAUCGGCUCCCAAGGGUGUCGUCUACAGUCACCGUGGUGCAUAUCUGAGCAGCCUGGCGAUUCUGUUGCUGUGGGAAAUGAGGACGGAGCCGGUUUACUUGUGGACGCUUCCUAUGUUCCACUGCAAUGGCUGGACUUUCACCUGGGCACUUGCGGCACGAGGAGGAACCAGUGUCUGCAUUCGCAAUACCACCGCCACUGAAAUAUUCUCCGCCAUUGCAGACCACCGGGUGACUCAUCUCUGUUGCGCACCCAUUGUGUUCAACAUAAUUCUCAACUCGGAGCCGCAGGUGAAAGCCCGAAUGGGUGUGCCGUUGGCGCACCCGGUUGACAUUCUGACCGGCGGUGCACCGCCGGCUCCGGCGGUUGUGACGAAAAUGGAAGCCAUGGGGUUCAAAGUAACUCAUGCUUAUGGACUGACAGAAGCCACGGGUCCUGCGUUGGCUUGUGAGUGGAAGAGUGAAUGGGACGGGUUACCUGAGUCCCAUCGGGGUAACCUCAAAGGAAGGCAAGGAGUGGGUGCUCUGAGCCUGGAUAGCGUGGAUGUGAAGGACCCGGAUACCAUGAUGAGCGUUCCCCGGGACGGAAAGAGCGUGGGGGAGAUUAUGUUAAGAGGUAGUGGGCUCAUGAAAGGAUAUCUCAGGGAUUCCAGCACUACCGAGAAGGCUUUUUCCGGCGGGUGGUUUCAUACGGGUGACGUGGGUGUGAUCCAUCCUGAUGGGUAUGUGGAGAUUAAGGACCGGUCGAAGGACGUGAUCAUUUCUGGUGGGGAGAAUAUCAGUAGUGUUGAAGUGGAAUGCGUUCUGUAUACUCAUCCUUCGGUCACUGAGGCUGCUGUCGUUGCAAUGCCUCAUCCUUACUGGGGUGAGACUCCUUGUGCUUUUCUUAACACUAAGGAGAAGGUUAAGGAAGAGGAGAUUAUCUCCUUCUGUAGAGACAAGCUUCCUCAUUAUAUGGUUCCCAAGGCAGUCAAGUUCAUGGAAUUGCCCAAAACCUCCACUGGCAAAAUACAGAAGUUUUUGCUCAGAGAACUAGCCAAGAAAGUUUCCCCAACUUCGGGAAAACUCAGUAGGCCUAAAAUGAAACAGCAGCGUAAAAGCUCAGAUGACCAUGGUAGCAAUUAUGUUGUUGCACGGUCAAGGCUUUGAAGGAGAGAGAUUGACUGGGUGUUUCUAGUAAAAGCCCUUGUCAGAUUAGUAGAUAUGGUGGUGGUGUUGUACAGAUCAAUUGUGUGCCUGCCUGGUUUAGAUCCAAAAAGCUUUUGAAGUUUAAUAGUGUCCCUAAAUAAAACAAAAUUAGAUUAUGUAUUGUACAGGAGGGUUGUCAAGAAAUAUCUAUAAUACGAUGAGUUUUGGAAGCUUU